ACUACUGCUCAGAACGCCACAUCUGACGAGGAGGCAAAGAGAGCCGCGAGUCCUGGUAGAGUUUGACCAUCGACUUCAAGAUGCUGGCCCUCAUUAACCGGCUCCUGGACUGGUUCAAGUCUCUGUUCUGGAAGGAGGAGAUGGAGUUGACGCUGGUUGGCCUCCAGUACUCGGGGAAAACUACAUUUGUUAACGUGAUUGCUUCUGGACAUUUCAGUGAAGACAUGAUUCCCACUGUUGGAUUUAAUAUGAGGAAGGUUGCCAAAGGAAACGUCACCAUCAAGAUCUGGGAUAUAGGAGGGCAGCCACGGUUCCGAAGCAUGUGGGAGCGGUAUUGCAGAGGAGUUAAUGCAAUUGUGUACAUGGUCGACGCAGCCGAUCGGGAAAAGGUGGAGGCAUCUAGAAACGAGCUUCAUAAUUUAUUAGACAAACCUCAGUUGCAAGGGAUUCCGGUCUUGGUUCUUGGUAACAAAAGGGAUCUGCCCAACGCUCUCGAUGAAAAACAACUCAUUGAGAAAAUGAAUCUGUCAGCUAUUCAGGACAGAGAGAUAUGCUGCUACUCGAUUUCAUGCAAAGAAAAAGACAACAUUGAUAUUACGCUUCAGUGGCUCAUUCAACACUCAAAAUCCCGAAGGAGCUGAAAGUGCGAAACAAGUUCUCCUGCUGGUUUUGUCAUGUCACCGUCAUGUCACAAUGAUAAUGUACAGUUCUAUUUUCAACUCACUGCUCGGUUCACUUUUUCCCUUAUGGUUUUGUUUUGCUCACUGAUAAACACACUACUUCAAAGAAAGCUCUUACAAAAGUUUGCCAAAGCAUCAAGUGUGCUUUGCAUUUACAUUGAUAGCGUGACUUGUCAUUCGGUCAGUGAUGCAUUCCCUUAUGAAUUUUAACACUAGCCUUGCAAUCUGCCCUCAUAAAUUGGCUCAUAAAUACCACGUGCGACGAAGACAUGUUUUUAAUUUGUCUUGCAGAUUGGGAAGCCUUAAUGAAAUGUAUGUUAAUACUGGGGAUUUAAAAGCCAGUAGAUGACUGAAUUGCAAGGCAUUAAAUUGAUUUAUAAUAAAUCCAAAUAUGUAGCCAUCCAAAUUUCACUGAGACUUGAAAUUGAUUCUGUGAAGAGCUACACAUCUAUAUGACGCACCUGAUAAGACCUGUUAGCUAUUUUAAAUGUCACUGGUGAACUUGAAUCAGUUAAAGGUGAAUUGUGCAUCCAACCAGGAUUAUCUACAUUGAUGUCUUGUGUAUAGUUUUACUCAUGUGCAGAAUGCACAUUCACACAUGGAUCUCUUGAGUAUGUGAAUGUUUUAAAAGUGCACCAUGCUGAAGGUUCACGGUGGCAAGUGUUUGUUAGAAGCCUGAUGUCCAUUGUGUCACCUCCACACUGCAAGUGUCAGGAUGUUAAGUGCCUUUGACAUGUCUUGUCUUUUGAAGCAGAGAGGCGCGCUUAGUGCGCUGGUCUGGGGAAGGACACAUGCGAUGAUCAAAAAAUGAAAGGCAUGGUAAUUUUUAAUAUGUGUGUGGUCAUUUUUCAAAAUUUGCAGCCAGACUCGUGUGCACACGAAAAAUGUGACAUGAUAAGUGACGGGACAAUUGUGAAACACAAAAACGACUUGCAUCAAGGAAGGCUCACAUUCUUUUGCUAAAAUGUAUUUUGAAAAUAGUGACAUUUUUUGGGAAACACAACUGUUAAUUGUGAAGUGAAAAGUAGGGAUGGAUUGAUGAGGUUUCCUGAGAAAGUGUCCUAAUUUUUAGAAGCCACUAGAUGGCACUGUUUGCUGUUAACCUUUUGGACAUGUUCGUCAACCCUGUAAUAUCAUCCAUCAGGGAGUAUAGUAUAGUAGUAUCAGGGAGCACCUGGAAGUGCGUGGUUUAUACUGAGGUGACAUGUUUUAAAUAAUUAUGCGUAUAUUAUGUGUUACACACAGAUUGAAAUCUAAAUUCAUACUGAGAUUUUAGUUGCUGGUAUUUGGAACCAAUGUAUUCAGGUAAAUUAUUGUGAGAUGCAAGACAUGAUAAGUGGGUAUAAAAUUAAAAAUAUUAAUUUAUGAGGCCCCUUCCAUUAAAACCAAAGCAUAUUACAUGAUAAUAAAUUGACUGUAAAUGUAGUACUGAUGUUUAACAAACUUAAAUAUUUUGUAAAGAAAUGCGGAAAAUAGUGAUUAGAUGAGACCCACAGUGAGGAAAUUGAAUUUGUCGCAGCAGCCAACAUCAACAAAGACACAAAAAGUACCAAAGUUAUUAAAGAUGCACAACACACAUCAAAGACGUGCACAAAGCAUCACCAUACGUUAAACUCAACUGGGGAAGUCAUAAGCCAUCAAACAACACAAGACAAAUGAAUAAGUAACUUUAAUAUGACAAAAAACACAGUAAGUAAAGUAUAAGUAAAUAGAUAAUGCAUAAUAGAUAAUAAAUUAAAUACAAAUGUAUAAAUAGAUGAUGAAUGGAAAAAGAUAAAUGAUAAAUAUUAACUUCUUACACAGUCACUAAGGACGAAAUUGACUUGUUUUAUAGAUCAGUGGAAAUAGAUAAGCUCAACUAUAACAGUGGUUCAAGUGAAACGUUUGUGAAGCCUGCUGAUCCUCUUGAGAAACAUGGUCUUUGAUUUAGAGGAGCUGAUCCUCGUCCCAGUAGCUUUACAGAUCUAUACAUGUAUAUACAUUUUGUCUUGCCUUUGGAUGAAUCUAAAUUUGAACUCCAGUAUGUGUUCUAUUUAAUAUAUGAACUAGCGAUCUUGUGUC